GGCCCAAUCAUGGUCCUCAGGAAUGGAGAAGCAUCACCAGUAGUGGCACUCUUGAAAUUCUCUACAAUGGAGAAAUUGCAGUACCAAAAUGAACUUCUGCGAAUGAAAAUACAAGGGAAUUGAAGGAUGUUCAAAAUUGCCGGCAGUCGAAGGAGACUUUAUUAUUAUUAUUACUACUCUUCUUCUUCUUCUUCCUUAUUUUCACCGUGGCGUCAGAAUCUCAGCGCUACCUUUAGCACAGCGCUACACCUCUCAUUAUCUCCAACAGAAUCUCAUUAUGCACAAGAUUAUCAGAGACUCUUAUGCAUUCUUGAAGCAUGUAAGAUGUCACAAAAUUUGAGAACUACAACUGGUGCACAUGCUAAUAUUAUUAAACUUGGUUAUGGAAUGUAUCCUUCUCUUAUUUCUUUGAUGGUAGUGACAUAUGUGUCUUGUGAUAGACUCAAUCUUGCUCGUCAGCUGCUUGUUGAAUUUCCUACAGAGUAUUUUGAUGCUUUCUCUUCUAAUUUAAUGAUUGCUAGAUUUAUGAAUGUGGGGGCAGUUGAUGUUGCCAAGAUGAUAUUUAACGAAGUUCCCCUCCGGGAUUUGGUUACUUGGAACUCACUGAUUGGAGGUUAUGUUAAAAAUGACAUGUUCAAGGAGGCAGUCAGUGUCUUCAGAAAGAUGAUGAGGUCUAAUGUUGAACCAGACGGAUAUACUUUUGCAUCUAUCAUUACCGCAUGUGCUAGACUUGGAGCCAUUGAUCACGCUAAGUGGGUACAUCACUUAAUGACUGAGAGAAGGAUUGAACUAAAUUACAUUCUUUCUUCUGCUUUGAUUGAUAUGUACUCAAAAUGUGGAAGAAUUGAGAUAGCUAGAGGAAUAUUUGAUAGUGUUGAGCGUACAAAUGUUUCUGUCUGGAAUGCUAUGAUUAAUGGAUUAGGAAUCCAUGGUCUUGCUUUAGAUGCAAUAGAGACUUUCUCACUGAUGGGUUUAGAAAAUGUUUCACCUGAUCGUAUUACUUUCAUUGGACUUCUAACAGCAUGUAGUCAUUGUGGCUUGGUUGAGGAGGGUCAAAAGUAUUUCCAACUAAUGAAAAGUCUGUAUUUGAUUCAACCACAACUUGAGCAUUAUGGAACAAUGGUUGAUCUAUUAGGCAGAGCUGGACUGCUUGAUGAAGCUUAUACAGUAGUCAAGGAAAUGCCAAUAGAGCCUGAUGCAGUCAUAUGGAGGACAUUUCUCAGUGCUUGUAGAAUUCACAAAAAUUCUGAGAUGGGUGAAGUUGCUACCUCAAAAAUAUCUUAUCUUGGUAGCGGAGAUUAUGUCUUACUGUCAAACAUUUAUUGUUCUAGUAAGAAAUGGGAUAAUGCCGAGAAAGUUAGAUGUGUGAUGAAAUGGAAAGGAGUUCGUAAAAAUAGUGGGAAAAGUUGGGUUGAAGUGGCUAAUGUUGUUCACCAGUUCAAGGCAGGUGACCGAUCACACCCUGAAGCUGAACUAAUAUAUAAAACUUUGAAGGAAUUGAUGCAUCGAACCAAAUCGGAAGGAUUUAGUUCCACGGCUGAGUUGGUUUUGAUGGAUAUUUCUGAUGAGGAAAAGGAGGAAAAUUUGAGUUACCACAGUGAAAAAUUGGCAUUAGCCUAUGGGAUCUUAAAAUCUAGUCCUGGAACUCGUAUUCAAGUUUCGAAAAAUCUUCGUACUUGUCCAGAUUGCCAUUCUUGGAUGAAAAUGGUAGCAAAGGUAUUGAAUAGGGAGAUCAUUGUGAGGGACAGGAUCCGCUUUCAUCACUUUGCAGAUGGUUAUUGUAGUUGUGGGGAUUACUGGUAGCAAUUCCUUCAAGUUCCAAUUGAGUUUGCUAAUUGAUGCUUAAGUAGACAUCUUAUAGUGGGCUUCAUAAAAAUGAAAGUCAUCUUAUAGUGGAUGUCUCAAAGCUUCUUGUGGCUCUUAUCUUGCAUGUUUCUAGCAUUGUAUCUGCUGUCUGUACUCUUUGUACAAACACACCACUUCGAUGAUGACCUCCUUGUGUAGUAGUUGAGUAAAGUGCAUCUGGUUACAAUCAGUGCCAAAUGGUUUAUUUCCAUAUGCUGCAGCUACAAGCUUUGAGAUAAGAUAUCCCUGUCUGUGGAAGAACUCACUGAAUAUUACAUCCAGGCGAAUUCUUAAGUUUAAUUUCUGGUCUUUGAGGCUUCUCUGAUAAAAGGUCACUUGGACAUGUUAAAAGCAACUCAUCUACGCAAAUUUCAUCAUACAGUAGUGUAUCUUGCUUCAAAAGAAAAGCAAAGGAAAUAGUGACGCAUUUAACGGCUACAAAACAUAAAAUGGUUUUGAUUAAACUGUGUACAACUCUUUUUCACUUGUUGCAGAAUCAAGAUUGAGCGCCAUCCAGUUUGUCAUAUCAGCAUGAUAGAUAGAGAUGGAAGGUGGAUUCAUCAAAGGAACGCCAUCAAACUAGCAGAUCAGAUAGAAAAUAUAUCAUUUAUUUUAUACUCCAUGUAAAAGCUGAAUGUUUAGUAUUGCAUAUAGAUGUAUAUUUGCAAUGUAAUAUUUUUCCUCAAA